AUGGCUUUACCACCGAAACGUCUUAAAUUCCUUAAACCCGGAGAAGAAAAUCUCGCAUAUACAGAAGAGGUGGACGAAAUCCCCGAUGCUGUCGAUGUAACUGCGUUGUCAGCUGGAUACGAUUUCGACCGUCACCGAGAAAACUUACCGACUUUUCUAGUGACCGGGGAAACGGGCAGCGGAAAGUCCACCCAACUUCCACAGUACGUCUACGAGGCUGGUUGGUUGGCCGACCGGCACUCUGAUGGCCCCUACAUUGCGAUCACUCAGCCUCGUCGUGUGGCUGCGCUCACUUUGGCUGCACGUAUUGCCGAGGAGAAAAAUUGGCGCUUGGGACAGGAAGUCGGGUACCUGAUCCGCUUCGAGGUCAGCUUCAUUUACCCCUUUCCUCGCUCUCAUCACCGCGUCCUAGAAUGUGCUUUGGGGAUACUACCCGACACCACAGUUGAUACUCAGCUACUAGCCGAAAUCAAAUGUAACGUAGACACUUCAGUGCUCUCUAUAAAUUUUUUGAUAUGA